AAAAUUACAUACCAACAAUAUCUGGAUGCCAAAAAUGAACUCACUGAGCUAAUGGCGCGCAAAAAGCUUGUUGACAGGAACCUGGCAGGACUAGAGAACAAUAUCUAUGCAUUUGAGGGGUCUUAUCUAGAAGACACACAGAACGGAGGUAAUAUCAUUCGUGGAUUUGAUGGUUAUAUCAACCCAAAAGCUGACAAGGGCCGUGUCAAGUACUCUGAAUCAGAUCGACUGUUCUCAAUGUCCUCAACUACUUUUGCCAAGGCAAGUUUCUUCUGA